AUGCAGUUGGUUCAACGUUCAGCACACCAUGUGGGAGUCAAAGCGACCGGGGGCGGGUCCGGGAGCGUCGAUCUCGGGCUAUGGUGCCUUGACUGGCUUAAUGCCGAUCCGGUCUGGUCCGCCCAAGGCACCAAGCCAGUACCGACCCCGGGUUGGGGGCUGUUGGUUGACUCCUCUCGGCCGGGGAGUGGAGAAUAGGAUUCCUCAAAUCCUUGAUCGAGCAGGUGUCCACUGUCAAACUCGCUAUCACCAACACUUCGUCUCGGCACCUGCAGAGGGCCCGCGACGGGCGCAUGCCGCUCGGUUCUUAAGAGCCGACACACAUGUCAAAGGACGUUUGUCGGAGACUCGCAGGCAGUCAGUACCAGCAUGUGGACUCGGUGUGGGCCUGUCGAACGGUGGGCGAGGUGGCGAGCCGCCCGUCGAGCACACCAAGUCCGGGGUUGAAAUCACAACCAACCGCGGAACUUGCCGUGUCGGGGAAGACGAGACAAAUUCCGUCGCCGGAAGAGGAACCAGGUGGGAAUUGAGCAGACCGAGAAUGAAUGAAUCGGGAACGGAUGAGCAAAGCGGCAUGCAAGAAGUAAAUGGUAUCACCAUCGAUGUUUCCCAUCAACUAAAGUCGCCCAUCGGCGCCGGAUUUCUCCGACUUGCCGAUGCUGUGCAAAUCACCAGCCACACCCGAUUAAGCUUACUGAUAACCAGCCACUGAUGGCCCCUCACCAGCUGUCAUGACAUCAACUCGACGCCUCACCCCACGUCUGCUGAACCGCCACACCAGGGCUUGGAUCGAGGCUGAGCAGUGAGGUGACGCAACUUCAGUCACCGGGCAUCCGACUCUCAAGCAGCAGAGCGAAAACGAGUUGCAAGACGGGCGGAGCGAACUCUCACUGCCUU